GUUGUCUUUUCCUUAUUGUCAUGAAUAAUAAUUAGGAUAAAUAUUGUUUGUUUAAGUAUAAAUAGUAUAAAUUUUUCACAAAUUACUAUCGUACAAUGUGUUUUACCUUCAUAUCAAGAAAAUAUGAACUCUAAACAUGGUGACAUGUACACUUUCAAAGCAUGAUUUAAAUACCCUCAUGCAUCCAACGACUAAUAAUAAUUCAUUACCUUCUUUAAGAUCAGUGUAUGAUACAAAUUUAGAUGAAGCUGAUGAUUAUGAUGGUGAUGAAGUUGAUGAAGAUGAAGGCGAAUAUCAUAAUAUCGAAGAAGAAGGUUUAGAUGACACCAGUUCUUUAUCGAAAGAUAAGCGUAAACAACUUGAACAAUUCAAUUAUAAAGAGUCUACCUCAGAUACAACAUCUUCAUUAUCUUUUCUAAGUCGACGUAUUACUCGAAAGUAUGCAAGUGAAUUUAUUCUACCCGAUGAUACACGUGUAGCUGUUAGUCGUCUUGAAGGUAUUUAUCCAAUGGAUAAUAAUGAACAAGUUAUACUAAGUCUAUCAGUUGGUCAUAAAAACAUUUACACAGGUCAGUAUACAUCAAAUGAUUAUCCGUCAACACCGACACAACCGUCUAGUUCAAAUUAUUGUAAUAAUCAGUUAUCUUCGAGUAGUUUAGAGAAAAUUAGUACACCAACUAUGAAUGUGAAUAACAAGUCUGGUUCAAAUCAUACUAAUACUACUGAUGAUAAUUCAGAUUCUUUAGAUAGAAAAUCACAAAAAAUCAACAGCGAAAAUCCAAGUGAAUCCGAUUCCACACAAAUAAUGUCAAACAUUUCAGACAACUCACUUAGCUACAUCUCCGGAGGAUUACAAAUUGUUGACUACUUGGAGGAUGAUCUUUGGGCUGCUACUAUUUUACAAUGUGAUAACAGCUGUAAUUCAGAUUUACUUAGACAACUUGAAGCUGGAUGUCGGUUAGACCCGGAAGCUUAUAGGAUGGAACGUGUACAAACUGUGAAAAACCGUGAAACUGUUAUCGACUUUCCUGGCAAACCAACAGUCAGAACGAUAGGUUUAAGUCGAACUACAAGUGAGACAGAUUCAAUUGCUACAGGAGUUACUGGAAUAGAUUUAGAUGCUGAAUCGUAAUCCAAAUAAUAAAUUACAACUUCACAAACAUAUUUUUUAAACUGUAUUUUUACUACUUUCAAGUAGUCAAAAGGAAUAUGUAAAUUUUUAUGAAACUGACAAGACCAUGUAGAACACUCAACUAAUCUUGUAGUGCAUACAUCCCUAAAAUCCUUGAAUUAUAUUUUGCUUUACAUAGAUUUCAUUAAACUGAGCAUACAUAUUCCAUAAAUCCAAGUUUUAAAUCACUUGCGGUGCCGAUUGAUUGUGAAAUGGAACUCAUUCGCAAUGAAAGCGCAUACAUCGACAUAAUUAAUAAAUAAAAUCUACUAUUACAUAGGCAACGAAACAAAUAACUUUAUAUAUUCUAAAAGCGAGGGUAAAAAUAAAAU